UGUGUAAACUAUUUAAAAAAAAGAACUGAUUUCUUGUUGUUUUGGCAAAUCUGCUUUCUUCCACACAGAAAUUCAUGUUCAGUGAAGCUCCUCCCACAAAUCCUGCAGAAUGACACACAAAGAAGAUAAUGAAGAGCAAACAGGAGUUGAUUGAAGAAAAUGAGGAGAAUGAAGAAUUGAGUGAAGUUGAGGAGAAAAAUCAUGCUAAAACUGGAGAAAAACCAUUGAGUUGCGAACAGGAAGAUUUAAAUGAAAUAGCCAAUAAAUCUUUCACCUGCAUUCAGUGUGGAAAAGGGUUUCUCAUUCAAACAUCAACUUGUGCUUCAUAUGAGAGUUCAUACUGGAGAGAAACCAUACACAUGUGAUCAAUGUGGGAAGAGCUUCACUCAAUCAUCAAGCCUUAAGGAGCACAUGAACAUCCACACUGGAGAGAAACUAUACAAGUGUUCACACUGUGACAAGAGAUUCAGUCGGUUAAGAGACGUGAAAACACACGAGAAGAUCCACACUGGAGUAAAACCAUACACAUGUGAUCAGUGCGGGAAGAGUUUCACACUAAAAGGACACCUUACAGAGCACAUGCGAGUUCACACUGGAGAGAAGCCGUUCACUUGUGUUCAGUGUGGAAAGUGUUUCUCACGAUCAUCAAACCUUAACGAACACAUGAACAUCCACACUAGAGAGAAACUGCAUGCAUGUGAUCAAUGCAUCAAAACAUUUUUGAGAGCUUCAGUUCUGAAGAAUCACCUGAGAGUUCAUUCAAAGGAGAAUCCACAUUCAUGUCAUUUGUGUGGAAAGAGUUUUUCAUUUCUACAAAAUUUGAAAGUACAUCAGAAAACACACACUGGUGUGAGAGAGUACAUGUGCUUUGAGCGUGAAAAGACUUUAACUACAGAAAACGGUUUAAAACCCAAAAGAGGAUCCACACUGGAGAAAAACCGUAUCACUGCACUGCAUGUGGGAAGUGUUUCAAACAUUCAUCUUCUCUACACAGUCAUACAAAAACCAAUCACAAUAUCAUCUUCAGAUCUAGCACUUUAAUAUCUGAUGCCGCGUCCUCACCACGUGACACAAUGCAUCAGGCAAUAAAAUAUCAUCUGAUAAAUCUGUCAUUACAAGUGACAUGACAAAGAAACAUUAAAGUUUUCACAGUGAAUAAAGUUCAUCUUCAUCUUCAAAACCAGUAGAUUUAACUGAGAUUCAGAUCAGCUCAAAGAUGGAGUUCCUCCCCAAAAAACAAUGUCAGAAAGGUUUAUUCUUGUGUAUCAUUUUGCUUCAAGAUAUAAAUAUCUUUGUGUUUUCUUAUGAGCCUCAUGUUAUGUUCAGUUGUCUUCUAAUGCAUGUAUCACUUGUACUGUGAGAUACAGACGGUAAAAGUUUCUCCUGACACCUUGAGAUUGAAAUAACUUGAUAAUAGAUGGACUCAUGAAGCAGUUCAUUCGUCAUUUCUGUGAUGUGAAGCUCAAGUAUGAUGUAGUAAUGAUGAUGU